GCUAUUGGCUGCCUAAGCCUAAAUUACAUAUCUCCUAAUCUGUGACACGGAACAAUUGUAAAGUAGAGAAUGAGGAAUAGAUAUAACUACCUAGUUACUACACCAGUGUUCAUGACUAAUACCAAUCCCCGCCGGGACUUGCUUUGCUUUGCGCACCAGAAAGGAAGGCCGGGAAGAAACUAAAGAAGAGAAAUGGGAGAAUUCAUUCCAGAUACCGCCGUCGUGGCCCCAAACAAGGACCUCGAGGGGCAUACACUGCUGAUAAUUACGAAUGAAGACUUACCGGACGAAUACGACAAGCACCUGCGUAACAAAUACCCGGGACUUGAAAUAGUGCACUCGCACUUCGACCCAUGGCGAAAUACAAGUGCUCGCAUUCCAGGCUUGACGGAUGAGGAUUGGGCCAAAGUGACGAUUGUCCUUACGGGACCACGACUUCCCACUAUAGCCGAGGCACCCAAAUUGCAGCUGGUACACCUUCAGAGUGCUGGUGCUAACUACGUCCUUGAAAACCCGCUGUUCAAGGACACGAAGAUCCCUUUUUGUACGGCGAACGGCGUCGCGGGACCGCCCAUCGCCGAAUGGGUGAUAGGUACCUAUCUUGCCUACCAACAUCGCAUCCCGCAUUACCUUGACAACAUGAGAGAUGGCCACUGGGAGCGUAGAAACGGCCCAAUGGAGAUAACGGAUGUGGUUACCCAAAGAGUCGGCAUCCUUGGAUACGGUAGCAUAGGUCGACAGGUGGCGCGCGUAGCAACUGCGAUGGGUAUGGAGGUUUACGCAUACACAAACCGGCCCAGGCCGACUCCGGAUUCACGACGCGACCAUUCGUGGCAUCCGCCAGGACUAGGAGAUCCCGAGGGCACCCUUCCCUCGAGGUGGUUCUCGGGGACCACACCCGCCGAGCUCGGCGACUUUCUCAGCAGCGGGCUAGACCUGCUCGUUGUCGCUGUGCCGCUUACGCCCGAGACGCGGGGCAUGCUCGGCGCGGCGCAGUUCAAGCUGCUAGCGGGAAAGAAGACGUACGUCUCGAAUAUCGGCCGCGGCCCUACCAUUGUGACGGAUGACCUAGUCGCUGCGCUCAACGAGGGCUGGCUCCGGGGCGCCGCCCUGGACGUUACGGAUCCCGAACCAUUACCCAAGCACCACCCGCUUUGGGCCAUGAACAACGUGAUUAUAACGCCGCAUGUGAGUGGAAACUCGAAGAACUAUAUCGCGCGUUUGCUGGCUAUUCUUGAUGUGAACCUCGAGAAGCUGAGUGAGGGCAGAACAGACUUCAUCAAUCAGGUUAGCAGGAAGAGAGGUUACUGAAAGGAUGCAAUUUAGCAUGUUACACGGUUAUCUAUGCAGUUAGUAUGAGCAUACAAAUUUGGGUUUUUUGUCUCUGUUCACCGGUGCACCUAGAAUGCUUGGAUUUUAUACAGCCCUCUAUCACAUCUUGUCACCAUUGUUUAAUCGUACUUCACGUCGGACAUGUCUGGGAAUGAACGGUAUGAGAAUCAAUUUCUGAUACCUCUGAUCUUUUACCGCGCUGUGUCAAAACCUCAAAGCUCUCAUACCUAAUGAUCUCGCUUUAAUCACCGCCGCCGUCCGUCUUCCCCGGGCUUUUCAUCUUACUCCCAGUUCCAAAUACGAGGCCCGAUAUGUAAAUCCGCUCACAUGAUUCAUUUUCAUAGCAGGGGGAUACUCCUUUACCCCGCAAAACCCCCGGCCAUCGCCAUCGUUCAGGCGAAUUGCUUCCAUAGUUCGUUAUGAAUUAAAGCCCACCCAAAUUACUCACUGAAGAAAAACCAUCGGCUCUCCCCGGGGUCAGACCAAAAGGAAUUUAGAAACGCAUUGGUUAGCUGAAUCGCACUCCUGACACAAGGGCUCAGUCGCCCCCAAGUUUAACCUCUUCCUCAGUAUGUGCCAGGAUCCGGUAACCUGUCGUCAUAAGUAAAGACGACAAACAGCAAUUUGCAUAAUUCUUCAGUUCAUCUUAUGACAGUAGUAGAAUUAAGAACAUAUAUCUAUAUAAGUACUACGUAUAUAGGGAGAAGUGUCGGUGAGAGAUGUAA